UCAGUGAAUGAACUCACUCUCUUGACUCUUGAGUCUCUCACCUUACACGCUCGACCAGGAAAAAAAUGGCUCUCCUCUCCACUGCCACCACCAUUUCCUCACUCUCUCACCCUUCCCUCUCCUCCCAAAUCCCUAAUCCCAGUAAACCUCUCCCUCUCCUCCUCUCUCCCUUUCUAUCUUCCCCAAACCCUAGAAGUCAAUUCCUCAGAUAUCCUCUUUCCCUCCGCCUCGCCCGCUCCUCUCUCUCCGAUCCCUCCCCCAACCCCCGGAUCUCCGACGAGUGGGGCGAACCUUCCGAGCCCGAACCCGAGCCUGAGUAUCCACCGGACCCUCCCAAGAAUGAGGAUGAAUGGGGCGGAGGCGGUGAUACGGAAGAGGAGAAGGACGAUUACUCUGCCAUCGGUAAUGGUAGCCCCGCCUCCGCUGCGGCUACGGAUAGGCCUGAAGUGCCGACGGAAGAUGGGUUUGCAAACAAGCGUGCGGAGCUGAAGCGGUGCUUGGUGGACACUUUUUACGGGACCAAGUUUGGGUUCAGUGCUGGGCCGGAGGUGAGGGCCGAGGUCUCGGAGCUGGUCAGUCAGUUGGAGGCGGUCAACCCGACACCGGCGCCUACCGAAGCACCGGGGGUUCUCAAUGGAAACUGGAUUUUACUGUACACUGCAUUUUCUGAGUUGUUACCACUUCUCGCAGCAGGAACUUCACCCUUUUUGGAAGUGAAAGAGAUACGCCAAACAAUUGACACCAGCGAUCUUACCAUCGUGAACUCUACAACAUUGUCUAGUCCUUUUGCUACUCUUUCUUUCAGUGCAUCUGCUACUUUUGAAGUUCGGAGUCCCACAAGAAUACAGGUAGCAUUUAAGGAAGGCACCUUUCAACCUCCAGAGAUAAAAUCAACUAUUGAUCUCCCAGAAAAUGUCAAUGUUUUCGGGCAGCGAAUCAACCUGUCGGCUGUGCAGCAAUCCCUUGGUCCGCUGCAGGAUGCAGUUGGAAGCAUAUCGCGAGUCAUUUCUGGUCAGCCGCCUCUUAAGGUUCCCAUUCCAGGUGAACGUACUAGUUCCUGGCUUUUGACUACUUACCUUGACGAUGAUUUUCGAAUCUCAAGGGGAGAUGGUGGUCUUUUUGUGCUUGCAAAAGAAGGGAGUCCUCUGCUUGAUCAGUAGCGAGGUCCAUGUUGCCACCAUUUAUUUAUAGAAGGCAUAUACAUAACAGUCUCUUCCCACCUUCCCCUUCUGCUUAAAUAGAAGAAAAAACAAUUGUGUCAUUGUCAUUCUGUAUAUCCAUGGUGGUUUUACUUUUUCUUUUUUCCAAAAAACAAAAAAGGUUAAGACGUCA